CGUGAAAGACGAAGAAGAAGCAGGUGUAUAUAGUAGUUGCUUCCACCUUAGAUUUUCACAAAUAAAUAAACAAUUAAUUAAUUAAAAUAAAUGGACCGAACACUCUUACUCGCUCUCAUACUCUUCACGGCGGCCGCCAUCGCCGAAACAGACAACAACCUCACCUCUCGUCAGCCAUCAUGGUCAACUGCCGUGGAGGAAUCCGAUCUACUCCCACCGGACGCCUCUGUUCCCGACUCCGACGGCGGUUUCUCUUCAAUGGACAGCAUGUUGCACUGGGCAAUAAGUCAUUCUGAUCCAGAAAAGUUAAAGGAAUCAGCACAGGUUCACGAAGGAUUAUCACCAAGCGAACUUCAAAAGCGUCAUAUUGAAAUCAAAGAAUUAAUGGAGAAAACAAAAAUGUUAUCUGAUGCUGAAUUGAUGAAAAUUUCUAUAAGUGAUUUGAAUAAUGUGUCUAUAUCUUUGGAAGAUCGAUACCGAGCCUUGCUCGAGCUUCUCGAGCUUGUUGAACCAUUAGAUAAUGCAAAUGAUUUGAACAAACUUGGUGGGCUUUAUGCUCUCGCGCAACAACUUAAUCACUCUGAUCCGGGUAUUAGGGCUCUUACUGCAUGGGUUCUUGGAAAAGCCAGUCAAAACAAUCCAACUGUUCAGCAACAGGUCUUGGAACUUGGUAUACUCUCAAAGUUGAUAGUUAUGGUAAAAUCUGAUUCCAUUGAAGAAGGCACUAAAGCAUUAUAUGCUGUUUCAGCUUUGAUUCGGAAUAAUAUACCUAGUCAGGAAUUGUUCUAUGCUGAAGCUGGUGGUUUGAUGCUUCAGGAUAUUUUGAGGAAUGCAAGUAUUGAUAUCAAACUAAGGAGGAAGGCUGUGCUUCUAUUGACUGAUUUAGCAGAGUAUCAAUUAGAAAACAUUGACAAGGAGGAACCGUCAGUUUUCAAUAGCCAGAAUCUGGUGAAGUCUGUGGUUGAUUUAACUGCUUCAACCGACCUUGAUCUCCAGGAAAAGGCACUUAUCGCGAUUAAGAGUCUCUUGCAACUAAAGACCACUGAAGCUCGAGUUUUCAGGGACUUUUGUGCUUUAGGUGAUGCACUGAAUAGAAUGAAACAACUGUUGCGUGAUUUGAUGACGGAUGAGGAUCAGAGAGACUAUGUAAUGGAUGUCGAAAAUGUUCGAGUUGAAGUGGAAAAUAUUUUCCAUAGAAAGCUGAUAAAGUAGUGAUGUCUGCAUGAGUUGACAUCCUUAGAUUGAGGUUGACCCUGUAUCAUCAUCUAGAGUUUAUAUAGGAUACAUUUCUCACAAUUUUGAUGUUGUUAUUGGCAUUUGUUAACGAAAACUAGGGGUAUUGAUACUCAUUAAUUUUAUAGUUGUACAGUUAAUAACUUAAUACUGUCUUGUUCUAGGCUUCUAGCAUUUGGUGUUUUCUGAUUUAAAUCAUAUUUAUUUUUGGUACA